UUUCCUUCCCCACAGACAGACCACACCAAAAUACCUCCGCCGCCGCCGCCGUCGCUGCCGCUGCCGCCACCGGCCGCCGCCGCCAUGCUCCGUCUCCGAGAGCGCAUCGUUUCCCGUCUCCUCUCUUUCUCCUCCACAUCCACCUCCGCCCCGGCCACCCCCCCACUCCGCCGCCUCCUCUCCGCCGUCGCGGCCCCCAUUCCCCCGAGCCGAGGAUUCGCCGUUGAGGAGUACCUCGUCCACACCUGCGGCCUCACCCGGCCCCAGGCGCUCAAGGCCUCCACCAAGCUCUCCCACCUCAAGUCCCCCGCCAAUCCCAACGCCGUCCUCGCGUUCCUCUCCGGCCUCGGCCUCUCCAGCGCCGAUGUCGCCGCCGUCGUCGCCAAAGACCCGCUUUUCCUCUGCGCCGGCGUGGAGAGAACCCUGGGCCCCGUCGUCGCCGGGCUCACCGGCCUCGGUCUCUCGCGUCCUGAGAUCGCCCGCCUCGUCUCGCUUGCCCACUGCCGCUUCCGGCGCAGAUCCAUCGUCUCCAAGAUGCACUACUACCUGCCCCUCUUGGGCUCCUUCCACAACUUCCUCCGGGCGCUCAAGUGCUCACCCUAUCUUCUCACGCGGGACCUUGAUACGACGGUCAAACCCAAUGUCGCCUUCCUGCAGGAGUGCGGGCUAGCUGCUUGUGAUAUUGCCAACCUGACCAUGGUUAUUUGGGGGAUGCUGACCUCCGACCUGGAGCGCCUCCAGACGAUGGUGACAUGCGCCGAAGGUAUAGGCGUGCCCCGUGGCUCUGGGAUGUUCAGAACUGCGCUACAUGCUGUCGCAUUCCAAAGCGAGGAGAAGAUCACCGCCAAACUGGAGUACUUGAAGAAUACGUUCAGGUGGUCUGAUACCCAAGUGAGGAAUGCUGUAUCUAGGGCUCCAAUGCUGCUGGGCAGGUCAAAGGACGCACUGCAGCGCAGGUCCGAGUUCCUGUUAGCUGAGGUGGGGCUGGAACCCGUGUGCAUUGCUUAUCGACCGAUAAUUCUCUGUCUUAGCCUGGAGGGCCGGGUCAGGCCCCGGUGCUAUGUUGUAAAGUUUCUCAACAAAAAUGGAUUGCUAGAUCGCGACCUGAGCUUCCAUACUGCAGUCAUGAAGACCGAGAAGGAUUUCGUCGAAAAGUAUAUAUGCCCUCACAAGGAAGCUGCGCCACACCUCGCUCAAGACUAUGCAACCGCUUGCAAAGGGGAAGUGCCAGAGAAUUUUAGAUUUACAUGAACCAGGAGUGGGCUAAGGAAAUUGGUUACUAUGUAUUGCGCAACAAAGUUUUCACUCUGCAUAGUAAUCUGGUAAUUCCUGUUUAGGUGUUCUUUGCCAAACUAGAUUGUUGGUUAUUUUCUGUAGUAUGCCUGUUACAUGCCGGUUUGGUCAUUGCUAAAUGCUAACUGCUAUGAAACUGAUAAUUUUUCAUUCCUGAACCCUGAUAUGUUGAUGUUGUCAUUCCUUUGA